ACAGGCUUGGCUACAGAGCUGCGCGCCGGAGGGGGGAGGCUUGCACUCCUGCUCCCACAAUGCACGACGCGCCCACCGAAGGUCGUAUGAGGAGGCGUUGCUUUCUCACGUGACGAGUGCGUCACUUCCCUAAAGACGCUAGGAAACCGGUGAAACGGGAAGCUGCGCAGAUAAGAAAUUAGUCUGAGCGCAAUAGUUAACCAGCGGAAAUGGAAGAAAGGAAAAUCAAGAGGAGGAGCCCCAAAUCAUCCAGUAGUCACCCAACUCAGGUUGCUAAUGCCAAGAAAAAUUCUGUGCCGGUCAGUAAAAGUACGGCAUUUUCAAAUCCUGCACCACAAGCAAAUUCACAAAGACCAAAGUUAAAAAGAGGAAUAAAAGAAAAAGCCAAACCUCCAGGAGGGGAAGGAAAAGGGGCACAGGCAGCUCCAAUACAGCACUCUUUUCUCACAGAUGUAUCAGAUGUGCAAGAGAUGGAGAGGGGACUUCUGAGCCUUCUAAAUGAUUUCCACUCUGGCAAACUUCAAGCAUUCGGAAAUGAGUGUUCCAUAGAACAGAUGGAACAUGUGCGGGGGAUGCAGGAGAAGCUAGCUCGCUUGAAUUUGGAACUCUAUGGGGAGUUGGAAGAACUUCCUGAAGAUAAAAGAAAACUUGCCAGUGACUCCAAUUUGGAUAGGCUGCUAUCAGAUCUGGAAGAACUGAAUUCUUCUAUACAAAAACUUCAUUUAGCAGAUGCACAAGAUAUCCCAAAUACCUCCACCAGCUAAAAGUGUAGAUUUUUUUGAUUUAGAGACCUCUCCAAGAAGUCAUGUCUUUAUUUUUCCAAUGGAAUCUAGAUUCUUACUCAUUUUCCACAACAAAGAAUUAAAAUGCAAAUGCAAGUGAUUAUUUUCACACAUUCCUGUUAGCAGAUUUGAGCACUGCGAUAUAUCAGGGUUGGAAUCUAUUGAUCUAACUGCAAUGGUGUGCUGCUAUGCUUUGUAUUAAUGCCUUAUUUAAUAUAAAGUGUUUGGGGAAAACUUGAAAGUACAUUCUCAGUGUUGUUCAUAUAUCUGUUGGAUUUAUAUAUGUACAUA